UUCCAGGCCGUGGCAGGGCGCUGUGGCCGCCGGCAGCGGCUCCCAGCCCGCCCCCUGCCCUCCAUGCGGCUCCGGCUCGCACACCCCCCGCCUCCCGCUGCCGGUUCUCCCCUCCCGGUCGCGGCUGGCCGGUGAUUCACCCGCUCCCCGGGCUUUGUUCGGCUCCGCGGGCCGCUUCAGCCCCCGGGCAGGGGCAGGGCAGGGCUUGGGCAGGUUCCCCCCCGGUCACCCCCCACCCACCCUCGGCAAAGCCGAUGUCCGCCGCGCCCGUCCGAUCCCCGACGCUGCGGCCCCACAGGAUGAAGAAAGACGAGUCGUUCCUGGGCAAGCUAGGCGGGACCCUGGCGAGGAAGAAGAAAGCCAAGGAGGUGAGUGACCUCCAAGAAGAAGGUAAAAAUGCUAUCAAUGCACCAAUGAACCCAAGUGCCGUGGACAUCCAUCCAGAAGACACUCUGUUAGAGGAGAAUGAGGAACGCACUAUGAUUGAUCCUAACUCAAAAGAGGACCCCAAGUUCAAAGAACUGAUCAAGGUUCUAAUUGACUGGAUCAAUGAUGUGCUGGUGGAGGAGAGAAUCAUUGUCAAACAGGUUGAAGAGGACCUUUAUGAUGGGCAGGUGCUGCAAAAGCUGCUAGAAAAAUUGGCUGACCGUAAACUGAAUGUGGCAGAAGUGACGCAAUCUGAAAUUGGUCAGAAACAAAAGUUGCAGACGGUCCUGGAAGCUGUCCAUGAUUUACUCCGACCCCAUGGCUGGACAAUCAAGUGGAAUGUUGACUCAAUCCAUGGCAAGAAUCUGAUUUCCAUUCUUCACCUUCUGGUAGCUUUGGCGAUGCAUUUCCGGGCUCCCAUUCGACUGCCUGAACAUGUGUCUGUUCAAGUGGUAGUUGUACGGAAACGCGAAGGCCUCCUUCAGACCACUCAUGUUACAGAGGAGCUGACAACUACAACAGAGAUGAUGAUGGGAAGAUUUGAGCGUGAUGCCUUUGACACCCUUUUUGAUCAUGCGCCAGACAAACUCAGCGUAGUUAAAAAGUCUCUGAUCACCUUUGUGAACAAACACUUGAAUAAACUGAAUUUGGAAGUAACAGAGUUAGAAACCCAGUUUGCAGAUGGUGUUUACUUGGUUUUGCUCAUGGGUCUCCUUGAAGACUAUUUUGUUCCACUUCACAACUUCUACUUAACACCUGAAAGUUUUGAUCAAAAGGUCCAUAAUGUUUCCUUUGCUUUUGAGCUAAUGCAAGAUGGAGGACUGAAGAAACCAAAAGCUCGUCCUGAAGAUGUUGUCAACUUGGAUCUGAAGUCUACCCUCAGGGUUCUAUACAACCUGUUCACAAAGUACAAGAAUAUUGAAUGAUCCUGGAAGCUGCUGAGAUCUUCACCCUUCCAAUGCCCUUGGGCAGAAAUUACAAUAAACACACCCUCUGCACGCUCCCUUUGUGCCUUAUACUAUACUUCAUGCAUUCUUUCUACAGUUGAUGUGGUCUCUCUGUAGCUGUUUGUAUGACAAUCCCACUAAAAAUAAUGCAUGUUUAUUCUCUAGGUCACUUGAAAAUGUGUAGCUAUUUCACACCCAGAAGAUACUGUUGGGUCUGUUGUUUGUUAUGAUCAACAAAUGUUCUUUUUGAUAAAGGAAAUAUACCACUAACUACUUUAAUAUGCAGGGAAAACGUGAGACUUUCCGCAUGGCUGGAGACUCUUUGAUUCUACAGUAGACUUUCUUUUGCGUAUUCCUUGGUUGCCACUGGCGUUUGAAGAUUUUUCUAGGCUUGAGUGUUAGCAAUAGAAAAUCAGCAUUGGAAUUUAUUUAGAAGCUGAGCCUUUUCAGUUAAAUAAGAUUUCAUGUGUUCUGUUGGGUGGGUGGGGCUGAGGGCAAUUACAGGCACUAUCUGAAGCUAAUGGCAAAAGCUUCAGGUUUUGUGUUAACCUCAUACUACACAGUGUUAUUCCAUUCUGUGUUUACACAGAAUAAGUCUUGCAAUGGGAUGACCAUCUAAUCUUUUGAUGUCUAUUUUUUUAUUUCAUCUCCUAUCUAGGAUAAAUUUAGUUGCUAGGGCCACUGUCAUCUGUUAAGCAUGCAGCUUCAAUCAGGUCGGUCAGGAGCUGGGCAAAUAGGCAUAGGCUGGAUUAAUGCAUUUUGCCCCUGGUCCUUUCUGAAACAAACAUGGGGAAUAACGAGUUUGUCAGUUUAAAGGCCAACUCUUCAUUUCACGUAGCUGAGUUAAAGGGUCAGAUUAAUUCCUGUUGGAGUUAUUGGCAGCUGUACAGUUCUGGAGGUCAGGCUUCUAUAAAUGGAGUUUUAUGUAUUUUCUUUCUUAAAGACUAAAACUGAGUUCCUGUGUAAAUAAGAGCUUGCCUGUACUUGUGGAUUGCGCUGGGUUGUGCAAGCCAUUGGUAUACAUAGUGCAAGCCAAUGGUUAGCACUCCUUCAGUGAUCAGUUAUGCUUUAAACUAAUUUCAUCGACUUGCCCUGUGCCAUCCCAAGAAAUACUCUGCUAGGCUCUGGUCUAGUCUUGUAGUCUUUUAAGCUGCUACGGAUUUUAGUGGGAAUCCGUUUUAAAAAAAGGAUUGCUGUGUUUAUCCGGUAGAGUCUAGUUACUUCAUAGUACUUAACAGGUUUCAUCUGUGGAGCGGUUCCUGGGUGGUGAUGUGCAGGUGUAGCGGUGCGUACAAGUCCUUGAGUCCUGUUGUAAGUAGGUGUCCUUUUUCCCUAAAAGUGGAUUUCUCAUGCAAAACUUCAUUUGCCCUACUGAGUUCAAGGGGAAACUUGCUAUUUGAAUGGUAUUUUAUGAUUGGGAUUGUUUUUUCUCCUUCCCUCCUUAAGUUUUUUUUUUUUUUUUAAUGUCAAAGGGAGGGAAAUGGGCUUCUACUUCUUUGUUUCGUAUUUUUGGGUUCUGGUUUCUAGUAUUUGAUUUAUUUGGGUCACCUCCUUUCAUACCUCGAAAACAAAGAUGGAAGGAAGUUGCUCUUUCUUUCCAUUAAAAGUUCAGGUCUCAUCUACCCUGUGAGGUUCUGUGGGGAGUCAUUGCUUGUCUGUACUUUAGGAGGGAGCUGACCUCUUGCUGUUUAUGCAGAGACUAGUACAAUUGGACCUGAAUUUCAGAUGGGCGCCACUAGACUCUACCAUGACGCUGGCAGUUAUUACAGAGGAGACUUGCAGAGGCACUAAGGCCUGGUCGGCCAGCUCUCCUGGCAAGUUAAUGAAAUUGGUCUAACUUCCGUGCUGUGAAAUAGGGCUGUCAUGAGGCUGGAAGGAGAUUGAACUGAAAGGCCAUGCAAACUUUUAGUUUAAUGCAGUGUUAUUUGUGGGAAACAAGUCUUUUAAAGAGCUGUCAUUCCACCCACCUCCCUUCAGCUGAUGUGGAAGUGCCAACGCUGUUGAUAUUCUCUGGGUUGCUGGGAAAGACCUCCAGAGAAUCUAGUUUUUGAAAUGGCAAGCAAUAUUAAUAUCAAAAGCACAUGGAAAGUAACAAGAGGAGAUGGAUAAGAUCAGUUUGGGUCUGGGAGGGAGGAUAGCUGUUUCUGAGGUGGGGAUUUAACAGCUGGCAUCUGCAUUGCAUGUGAGCAGAUGUGAACAUACCAUCGAGUUUUAAAAGAGUCUCUGUUUUGUUUAAUUAGGCAUUUCUGAUCCCUGUAGAAACCUGAGUCUCCCCUCUACAACCUGAGGCAUGGGUACCUUUUAACAUUCCUUACAUUAAUAUCCCUGUCAGUCAAGACUGCAGGCUUGAUGCCCUGGACAGAUUUGGAGCAGGUGUCAUACCCUGUUUUGUUAUGUUUUUAAGUCUGUUGAUAAAUGUCGCAUAGGGAAAAUACAAUUUUCAUUCCUUAGCUCCUUGCCGUCUAGCCAGGUCACUCUUCUGUAGAUGCUGUAUUUAUUGUUAACCAGAUUGGGAGCAGUGUGGAUUUAACUUUACUGGCGCUUUGAACAGUCCAGUUUACAGGAAGAGCAGUGUAGGUAAAGCUUCUCUAAACACCUGUUUUUGUCAGGCCUUUCUCUUACAUAUGCAUAUACUUAGUUUUUUUCCUCUCAAAAAGAUGAGUCAAUGUUAAAAAUGUUAUUCAUGAACUCUUUGUGUCACUGGAGUUUUAGAUAUGUUCCCUGGGUGCCGGUGGGGUAGGUCUGAGUCCUGUUGAGUUCAUAUGGAACACUGAAUGCUCCGCAGCACUAAAGCUUCCACAUUUGUAAGUACUUAAUGAAUGUCUGUCUUUUCCAGUCCAUACAACUUGCCUUUUAGGUGCACCUGCUUGGCACACUUGGUUCCAGUGAGCUAUAUUACCACAGAAGCCCAGAUACUCUUCAGCUGCGUCCUGUUUCUCAAGAUGAAAAACCAACAGUGCCAGAUUUUUUUUUAAUCGGUUUAAACUUUAUAGGACUUUUUACCCCUCUUCCCCACACCCCUGUGCUUUCAGUAUUAAUGUAUUUUUUAAGACUCUUUUCUACUGUUUUUAACAGUGUUUACUCUGAAUUUCUAGCUACUAAAAACCAGCCUUGCAGAUCAAAUUCCGGACUUGUCAUAUGCUGGAGACAUCCAGCUUUGCGACAAGAGUUGUGUACUGUAAGCAAGUUACAAUGCAAUGCUAUGUUUGCUAAAAAUCACAGCAGGAGUGUUGUGCAUGGUUUGUGACAGUUGUACUAUUUAUUCAAAUAAAUAAA